GGUGAAAACUCUUCCCAAUUUAAAGACUGACAAAUCAGCUUCAUGAACUUGCAUUUAGGUAUCGGUUUUUUGUGUGUGCAUAGCUCCACAAUCAGGCGCCAGCGUCAGCUGCGUAAAUUUUGCUGAUUUUGUUACCUUGUGCAGCAGCAUAUUGUAUAAGUAUAUAAUUUCCAAAACAGCUAGUAUUUAAUUUUGCAGAAUUUGACUUAAUUGCCGCAUCAAUUUGCAAAGUUGAUCGCACAAUUCCACAAUAUUUGUUGGUUGCAGGCUUGCAGCAUAUUUACAUUUACGUAGUAUGACUGUAGCGCUGUACUCCCUCAAGGGGCUUGAUGACCGCAUGGCUUGCCGAGUUAUGCGACCGUUUACCGGUUUUGCAAAGGUUUGAGAUGAAAUUUGAUAUUGUACGGCACCAGUUCUGUUUUUGAAUUUGAAUCAGGAAUGCACCGAGAUAUCCAUGGCUUUGUCUUGGAUAAUAGCUGUACGUGUAUAUAUGUUGCUCAGACAUACAGUCAUGAUGGAUGGUCUUGCCGGAAAAGGUGACAUCCCCAGAGAAAUUCUCAAGAGUCAUUUUUUUGAAUGAUCGACCGCGUCUAAUUUCCCACUUGGGUCCAUUAAUUCCUGUGCACCAGUAUGCCGUCCUGUUAAUGGUACACCACACACCAGCAUCGUAAUCAUCCGGUUACGGUGAAACCUAUUGAAGCGGUCUUAACAUGUCCAGCCAGUACAAAAGACAAAUCCAUAUUUUCCAGCCUAUCUUCUUUAAUAUCAUUUCAAUUCUUCGCUUAAUGUUUGAGACGGCUACUGCAAGCACAUCCCUUAAAACUGCAUGUUGUGUACGUCGACAAACAAAUUUAUUAUCGAAUUCCCAGCAUUUCACUCCACGGGAAGUCCAUUUAUGAAGAUCCCAAUGUGACAGAUUGUUCGUCCUGUUACCUCAGCCAUGGUAUAUUUAAAGCAGCAGGUCUACAUUCAUGAAAGAACUCCCUGAUUAAAUUAAGUAUUCAAACGUUUGUCUUCAAAUCGACUUCACAAUACCGGCCGAUCGCGAAUUCUUUGCCCACUUUCGGGUACCAAAUCACACAAACUUAUUCAAUUCCAACGGAGGGAUAACCAACAAUGUCUUACGGCAUAUGCACAUGGCUUGGAGGCGCCUUGUUCCUGACCUUUCUUGUGAUAACUGAUGUUAUUGUCGCCUUCAAUUUCGGAGCACAUCCCAUGCACCAUGACCAUGUCUGUUCGGCGUGUACAGCUGGACAUGGGUUGAAAUCGUUCUGCAACAGCACCCACGAUACCGUGUGUGAGCCUUGUGAAGCUGGUCGAUCAUUUUCUUCAUCCUAUUUGCACAUGAAUAAGUGUCAACCGUGCUCAUUAUGCGGGCCAUUGUUAUUUAUCGACCGGAAGUGCAGCGUUUUAUCCGACACGUCCUGUGAGUCGUGUGAGACAAUCCGAAGACCGCAUACCUGGGAAUAUUUCCGUAGCUGUUUGGCAUUUCAUGACAACGAGCCACAAAGCCAGCGCAACGUGAAGCUGUAUUUGAUGCAAAAACAGAUUGCUGAAAUGCGCAACGACAAUCACGAUUUAACGGAUCAGGAGAAUAUCGAUCUGGAGCUCAUGCAGGAAGAACUGCAUCUACGAAAUGAAUUUGAUAAAUUAAAGGCUGUUGUAGCGGAAGAAAUGGCUGAUAUUAAAGAACUUGGAUCAGCGGUCAAUCAUGUAAUGGAGAAAAAUUUCGACAAGAGCAAAUUGGUUGCAGGCCAAAUUAGCCAAAAAGACGAUAUCAAUCUUGCUGAUACAUACGAAAAAAACCCCCAAGCAGUUCUGAUAAUCGUAUUACUUUCGACAUUUGCUCUUCUGGGACUUGGAACUGUUAUUGGCAUAAUAAUCCUGAUUUCUGUUAACAAGAAAGCGUCCAGUGCAAAAACAUAUGGAGGAGUGAGUAUAAGCGACGAUGGCGCGACCUUGCUUCAGAUCGAACAAGAGCUAACCGAAGAAGAUAUCGAUGCUAGUCUUAUGUAAAAUUGUGCCUUAAUUCGCACUUGUACGAGUAUAUAUACCCCAGCCGUUAGUAGAUAUUACGAAACCUGCACAUUUAUCAUUAGUAAAAUGGUUUGAGUGGAUGGUUUAUCCAUGGAUUCAUAGUCAAAGCUUUGGAGAAGAUAUUUUCCAGUUUUUUUUAUGUCUAUAUGGUUUACAAACGCCAACAAAGCAAUAACAGUACUAGCUAUAGACUUAUUACUCUUGACUGGAUUUGAUCAAGCUAGUCGUACAGUGGGUAACAU